AUGGAGCCUUUGAUGGCCAUGGUGUGUACAUGUGAGGAACCUGUUGUAGAGAGGGUGGGGACAGCUCACCUGAAAGGCUCAGCUCACCUGAAAGGCUCAGCUCACCUGAAAGGCUCAGCUCACCUGAAAGGCUCAGCUCACCUGAAAGGCUCAGCUCACCUGAAAGGCUCAGCUCACCUGAAAGGCUCAACCUCUCCAUCUACUGAACAGACCUCUCCAUCUACUGAACAGACCUCUCCAUCUACUGAACAGACCUCUCCAUCUACUGAACAGACCUCUCCAUCUACUGAACAGGCCUCUCCAUCUACUGAACAGACCUCUCCAUCUACUGAACAGACCUCUCCAUCUACUGAACAGACCUCUCCAUCUACUGAACAGGCCUCUCCAUCUACUGAACAGGCCUCUCCAUCUACUGAACAGGCCUCUCCAUCUACUGAACAGGCCUCUCCAUCUACUGAACAGGCCUCUCCAUCUACUGAACAGGCCUCUCCAUCUACUGAACAGACCUCUCCAUCUACUGAACAGGCCUCUCCAUCUACUGAACAGACCUCUCCAUCUACUGAACAGACCUCUCCAUCUACUGAACAGACCUCUCCAUCUACUGAACAGGCCUCUCCAUCUACUGAACAGGCCUCUCCAUCUACUGAACAGACCUCUCCAUCUACUGAACAGGCCUCUCCAUCUACUGAACAGGCCUCUCCAUCUACUGAACAGACCUCUCCAUCUACUGAACAGGCCUCUCCAUCUACUGAACAGGCCUCUCCAUCUACUGAACAGGCCUCUCCAUCUACUGAACAGACCUCUCCAUCU